GAACAAAACAAGGAGCAGCUCAGUACAUCUUCAAUCCAAAUUUAAUGAAAUGGACCGCCGCUCGAGAUUUCUGCAGAAAAAAAUUCACAGACCUGGUCAGCCUGAGGAAUGACGCAGAAUACACGGCAGUCCAGGAAGUAGCCAAUGGGACAGCAGUAUUUGUUGGUCUCUUCAGAGACCCGUACGACUGGUCACACCUGACUGACUCCUCACUAAGGUACUGGAGGGAAUCCCAACUGGUAAAUACAGAAUAUCAUCAAAAUUGUGUUGCAAUGCUGAAGACUGAAUCUGGAAAAUGGGGAGACGGGAACUGUACAGAAGUUCAUCCUUUCCUCUGCAAAUGCAUACAAACCAAACUGCAGUUCAUAAAACUGAGGAUCAGCCUGCAGGACUCAAGUUUGGAUCUGAAUGACCCUGCAGUGCAAAACAGCAUCUUGGAGCAAAUGAAGCAAAGGCUGGGUGGAAAUGUAAGUGGUGUCAACAAUCUUAAGUGGAAAAAACACUCAGAUGGAAGAGUUUUCAUCAAGGAGACAGAGGAAGACAACCCAUGAGAGGAAUACAGCAGGACUGCUAAGAUUCUGACUCGAUGAUGUAGAAGCACCAACCAGGGUGGUAACGAAGAAAAAAACUUUUCAAUAGGAAUGCUCCAUUUAGUCGCUAAUAAUAUAAUGAUUAUCUUCAAUAACUUUGUGAGCUAUUAGAUCUUUUAAUCUUUGCAUGCCUCUUAUUUUUUUUAGCAAAUUCAGAAAUCCAAGCAUAUCAUCUAUCAAUAUGUCCUGCUUUCAUCCUGAGAAUUUCAUCUGUCAUUUGAUUUAGAGCCUCCUGUGUAGAAGACAUACACAUUAACAUGUGCACCAUUAAGACUAAGAUUAUUUUCUGUCAACUUCAUAAUGGACUGGUCCAUAAAAAAUAACACAAUUACAACAGGAUUAAGCACUAACAUGGAAAAUAUGAAAUAAAUUAGCAAUAAUAUGCGUCCAGUAAGCUCUAACAACCAAAAAUGUAAGUCCUUCAUGUACAUUAGUUUUACUUCAAAGCAAUACUCAGAGGGAACUGAAGAGUAUUUCAAGAACCUCUGGAGAAAAUGAAUGCUGGCAUCUCUGAAGUUUGAUGGAUCUAGACCAACACCAGACAUUGUUGAACUUCCUUCAGGUUAACCAACUGUCAACUAUUGCUACUGCAGUGUUUCAAACUGUCAGCAGCCAUAUUGGAUUUUGGGGACAGGGUUGAUGAGAUGACCUUUGAGUUUAAUUUUCCUGCUAGGAAUUUUUAGUUGAAUGUUUUGCUACAGACAUGCAUGCAUUUUUAAUAUUUUUUCUGUUUUUGUGUGGGAAUAAGUCCAGCUCCAGUUUUGGUAUUGUUUCAAAACACCUUCACAGUGUCUUAGAAAACUUUAGAAUUUAUAUUAAUUCCUGUAUAAAGAUGUGUUAUUUGUAAUGAUUUAAGAACUACUGCAUCAUUGUAAGGUAUGACACAGUCAGUAGGUUUGGAUAUUGAUAAAUGGUUUUAAACAAAGUUUUUGCCAAUUAUUUGUCUUGUAGAUACAUAACUA